AUGGAGCUCUCCUCGACGGUGAUAGAGCUCUAUCUCGGUGGCGACAAAGCUCUCUCUCGGUGGGGACGAAGCUCAAACGGUGGCUCUCCUCGAAUCGAAAGUCAACAAGAUAGUGACAUAGGGUUAGAAUCUUCUCCCAUUCCGUUGUCUGGCACGCAAGCUACACAAGGUUCAAACUUCCAGCAAGACACUCAUGUGGAGCAUAAAGAACGAAGGUCCUGGUCGCCUACAGAUGAUGUAGUCCUCAUCAGCUCUUGGUUAAACACCAGCAAGGAUGCUGUCGUUGGGAACGAGCAAAAGGCUGCGGCCUUCUGGAAGAGGAUUGCAGACUACGUCGCUGCUAGUCCGAAGCUUGCAGGCUCUGCAGCAAGAGAGAAAACUAGCGGCCAAAAUGAGAAUGACAUUCUCAAACAAGCUCACAUCAUCUUCUUCAACAACUAUAAAAAAAAAUUCACCUUGGAGCAUGCGUGGAAGGAGCUUCGCCAUGACCAGAAGUGGUGUGAUCUAUCUACCGACAUAACCUCUAAAAGGAGAAAAGGUGAAGAUGGUGCACAAUCGUCAACAUCGCACGCAACUGGUGAAGCGGAAGAGGGAACGGCUCGGCCCCCUGGUGUUAAGGCAGCCAAGAGCCGUGGUAAGAAGCCAGUGGAGGGGAAGGGGUUUUGUGAGUUUGAGCGGGUGUGGAACGUUAGACAAGAAGAUUUGAGUAGGAUAGAAAGGCUCACCAAGAUGGGUCUACUUGACCGUCUACUUGCUAAAACAGAGCCACUCCCUGAGUACGAAGAAUGUCUCAAGAAGAAGCUCAUUAAUGAGCUGUUCUCCACUUAG